GUCGUUGAAUAACAACUGAUUGACCAUAUGGAUUAUGGACGAACGUGUGCACGUCAUUGGAAUUUUUUGUUAGAGGUCGUCCGCCGAAAUUCGCCGAUGAUAUUCGAGCAUUGAGGUUAUACCAACGAGCAAGCUUGUGCGAGAAAAAUGGCUCAAAUAAUCAUCGAAAAGGACGUUUCCAGUGUUAUUAAACGACUCGUUAGCAUCAUUCAAGAUAGUGCCAACGAUGCGAUAUCGCGUGACGAUGUCUUCAAAAUUGGUCUAUCAGGUGGUUCACUCGUCAAGUUCUUAGUAGAAGGUUUGCCUACCAUAACAACAGACUGGAGUAAAUGGAGGUUCUUUUUUUGUGACGAAAGAGUCGUACCCUUCAAUAACGAGGAAUCGACAUACGGAAUGUACAAGUCGAACUUGGUGGGAAAGAUUCCCAUAACAGAGGAGCAAUUUAUCAAAAUUAAUCCCGAUCUCUCAGCCGAAGAAGCAGCCAAAGAUUACAUUAAACAAAUGUCCGUUUACUUUGCGCCGGACAGUUUACCAAAGUUCGAUGUAUUACUUCUGGGAAUGGGUCCCGAUGGUCACACUUGUUCCCUCUUUCCCAAUCAUCGAUUGCUUGAAGAAACUAGCGUCUGGGUAAGCCCUAUAAAUGACUCGCCGAAGCCACCGCCCUCUCGAAUAACGCUAACAUUCCCAGUUAUAAACAGUGCAAAAGUAUGCAUUUUUGCCAUUGCCGGAGAGGGUAAAGCAGACAUGGUAAAGCGUAUUUUGAAAGAAAAAGAAAACUUGCCAGCUGCCAGGGUACAACCGAGCAACGGAUGGUUGUAUUGGAUUCUCGACCAAGGGGCAGCUAAACACGUUAAAUCAACUUAAACAGUAUGUUACUUGGCACAAACUGUAACACGUUUCCGUGUAAAAGAGUAUAAAACAUUCCACUACUUUUUGUAUCUUUUAAAGUGAGCUUAUGAUUGCGAUACUUAUGGUAAAUACAAUUGUUUAUACAAUACAUAAGUAGAUACGAUAUAUAUGUAUACACAUUGUAUUUAAAUAUCAACUUAUUAUCCAUGCAAUCUGUCAAUUAGGUAUAGGGAAGUAACACAUAUUUUCAAGUUUAAUCCAAGAUUUAAGUGCUUUAAUCAAAGUAUCAAAACAAGAAAUUUGUGCCUAACUUUCGGUGAUCAUUUUCUUAAUAUAAUAUACGGUAUCAAAUUUCAAUACUGUCCCACAGCCUUGUUUACUCACUUUCUUAAAAUCUUACAAACCAACUAAAUUGUGUAAAUCUUGUGAUGUGAGUAAGCCUUUUUUAUUGCUGUGAUAUUGAAAUCACGAUUUAUUAAAAAAAAAAAAAAUAAGUAUGAUUAUUA